AACGGAGCCUGUCCUAGCACAAUGGAGUGUAGCAGAUGCCAGCUUCUGGCCGCGUGCAUCAUCACGUGAUUCUGGAUCAGCUGGUCGACGCUGAUUGGCUGCGUUUGAACAGCGGACCAAUGGCGAACUCUCCCCUUGACAACUGACGUCUGUGCUGAACGUAAACAAAAAGGUCGCCCCAGCUGUGUUUUCACUUGCCUUUCCUAUCGGACAGUUUUAUACACUUGGUUGCAUAAGUUGACGUCUUUUUAAAUGUGACUUUCUCUCCUGUCGUGUGCUGUUGAUUCUACUCUCUCCAUUUCGUCAACAGGUGUGUUACCAAAAGAAAACAUAAUUCAUCAUGUUCAGUGGUCUUGCUAGCUACUUUCUGGCUGCUGAGCCCGAAUCUGCAUGUUUGGAUGAUGUGACAUAUCAAACCCUGGAAGCAGAGGAUGACUGGUUGCUUGUUGAAGUUUCAGGAACAAGUAAGAGGCCUCCGUCUCCUCUGCCAGAAGAAGCGCACAUGAUCAGGGAUCUGGCUCCUGUUUUCGUUGGAGUUAUGGAGACCUCUCAAGAGUAUAGCCGGUGUGAGCUAACGCCACCGGCAAGCCCUUGCCCCAUGGAUGGCAGUUGGUUUGUGACUCCUCCCCCAUGUUUCAUGGCUCAGCAGCCGGUGCAUUUGGAAACUUCUCCUCUGGAGAACUUACUCAUUGAGCAUCCCAGUAUGAGUGUAUAUGGUCCUUGUGUUCGAUCUCAUGCUCCUACAGUAAGACAUACUCCUAAGCGUUCGAGGGAAUCCAAGAUCCUUCUAGCUUCCACAGUGGAAGCUGCACCAAAGCAGCCCACCUCUCCAGCUGUCCUCAGCUGCAAUGCUGCUGACAUGUUGAGAGCAAAACUGCCUCAUCCUGGGCCCAGGCCUUCAGCUGUAGCUGCAAGGGCAGGGUGGCUAGAACAGCUGCAUGGUGUGCGACCCACACAACGUGCUCGAGCCUGCAGAGAGCAGCACAACUUAGGGCAUAACCAGAUUCAGCGGCAGAACCGUGUGAUGCAAGAGGGCAACAGACACCCAAAACGACGGGACCGCAUGGCCGCCCGCUGCUCUCGUGUAAACAACAACCGCAAGUGCUGUUAACGUCACCUCCUGACAUAUGCUUUGGUUAAAUGUUAGUUUCUAGAGAUUUGAAGCGCAUGUGUGUAUGCAUUUGCCCUUCAAUUCCAACUGGCUUUGUUUCUGGGUGAGCUACGAUUAACAUCAGUGGUUUCUUAAGAAAUGGGCCGUGAGAUGGCAGGCAAGGUCAUAUUUAAUGUGGAAAUUUAUGUACUAUAUCCUUGGGGCUCUGUUAAAACCUGUGUGUACAUAAAGUAAAAGUGAAUAUGUACAGUGAGGUGUACAUUUCCAUUGAAGUUUGAAGGAGAUUGGUGGUCUUUUUUAGUGCUUGCAGCUGUUUCACAGAAGUACACUGUGUUCACAGAAAAAUGCUGAGACUUGCUAUAAAUAUUGAAUACAAAUGCCCAGAAUUUAAUUCUAAAGGCCCAAAUGCAAUGGAGACCAUCAAUACUUAACUUGAGUGAAGUUGUGAAAAAGUGUAUUAUAGCACAGAUUGACUAUAAGUAUUGUCAUUGAACGAAGUACGCUAGCAUACAAGAAACGAGCUGAGUAGCACAGCUAUGAAAUCUCAAAAUUCACCAAACAAGCACACUGAUGAGUUGAACAUGCUAGUAUAAAUGUCCAAAUAAUGUUUCAUCGUGCUCUCACUUGCUCAGGUUACCUGUUUUCCCUACUUAUUUUAGCCCCCAAUGGCUCUAGAAAGAACAGGAUAUGUGGUUUUGUUGUAUAUUUAUACUUUGGGUUCUUCAGAAGCUUGUGCUCAUUACGACACAUUUUUAAACAGCUUCAGUUUGGGGCUGCAGAAGUAGAAUGGAUGACAAUUAUGCUUACAACUUUUUGGGGAGCAAUGUAUCUGAAGCCAUGGCAUGGAGAAAUUUUGGAAUUUUGACAUAUUUUGUAACAUAUGUUCUGGGACCUGUUUUGCCAUCUCUGGCACUACAGCAAUAGUGGGUGCAUUUGCAUCGUAGAGGCGCAUGUCCCAUGCAAAGCACAUCGCUUUACAGUGGUCACUGGAACCAGUUUCGGAACAAUUCUGGAAUUCAGUUUUUAGCAUUACAUGUAUGAUCAUGUUAUGGUUGUGCAUAGUCAUUAUGGAGAAGCAUAUUAUUAGGGAACAACUGUCCCAACGAGCAGUGAUGUCAAUAAUAUCAGCAAGUGUUUCCAAUGAGGACGGACCGAUGCUGUUGAUUGAUUUUUGAGACUAGAGAUGUAUUCAAAUUUGUUAUGUGCCAAAUGCAAAAUUCCAUCCAGCAGAGCAUUGUAGUUUUGAGAUAAACAAGAAACGUGAUUGGCAUGGUCGUAUUCGGUUUUGCUUCCAUGGUGAUGGGUACAUUAUGUAUAUGAAACAUCUGUUUGGGUUUGAGAUUCUGACACUGGUUCCAGAUUCUGCCACUAAGGAUAAUGCCUGUGACAUGCAAUGGCAUAUGCCUCAUGCAGUGUCCUAUAGGGGUUGCAAAGGGCAUGUAGAAAACUCUAAUCUUCGCAUCACUGCUCAUACCCAGUUUUAUCCUACACAUUUUUUAAAACCAUUCGCUAUGUCUCAAGAAAGUGAAAUGAAGUCACCUGAAAAGGUGCUUUUAACAGGCUUAUUGCAUGUUCAUUGCAUAUAAUGUGAGGAAGAAGUGCAGAAGUGAUGUAGUAAAUUCAAGUGCAUGUAGUAAAUACCUUGCUUGUGACAGGAAACUUUAUACUGAGGUUUAUUACUGCCUCUUACAUGAACUCCCUUCCUUUGCCUUCAUUGUAUAGGCAAUCUUGUUUCACCCUUCUAUACCUAUUGACAAGAUAAAGAAAAAGAAGGCAAAAAAAAAGAAGAAAAAAGAGAAAAAGAUGUGAAAAGAAACAAUCUUUAUAAGCAGUAUGCUAUUGAAGGCACUUUCACCUGGAUUCUUAACUGGUUUUGUACCUCUUGCACAGUUAUCAGUCCAUGUUGUCAUUAUUAUGCACACUUUUUGUGUAGACUGAUGGUCUAUCUAUGGCCACAAGUACAACAAAAACAUCGUUGCACUGAACGUCUGUUCAGUUAAGCAUCUGUAUAUGCAUCUAUUAUACACACGUAGAGAUGGUGUUUGGUGUCGUUUAUGCAUGAUUCUGAGUGUAGAUGAGUGGACAUAAACAAGAAAAAAAGCAAAACACAUAAAAACUUAUAAAAGAUAAAAAACAAAAAGAGCUUGAUACAAUACUUUUCAGGUGGCUUUUUAUUGUUACAUUAGUCUCUUUGUUUUCUUUUAGCUCUACCUGUUAACAAGAAGUGAAAAUUGUGCACUUCAGGGAAGCGCAAAAUGGUAAUGAGCACAGGCAAUUUGUAAGACACUUGCAGAUGCUCCCAUGUCGUCACUGCCAUAGGAAACGAGCCACAUGUUGUCACAUGACGGGGAUGGGGCAUUUCUAUGAAAGCAAUAGUGAUUAGACUUAGCCGUCUUGAAGAUGGAAUGUAUCAUUCCAUGUGUACAUAAUUGUGCAUAAAACUUGUGCAUUUGCAUACCUGCUGAUAGAUAACAAAGUGUUGGCAUUCUACAAGUUGUCAUUGAUGGAUGUAUUGUGCACACAAUUAUUUAUUAUCAGCUUUUACAUUAUUUUAUUAAAAUCUGGUAUUUGUGAGUCAAGGAUAUGAAUAUAUUUUAUGCUAUGCUCAUUGUACUAAUUUAUUUUUAGUGUUGACAUUCUCCAAAAAUAGGUGGCAUUAAAUUCUCAUUGAGAUGUCAUUAAUGUAUGGUUCAUCAAAAUGCAUUUCACAAAAUUGCUUUUUUAAAUACAUUUACAAAUUGGUUAAUGCACUGUAGCUCCUCUGCACUUUUAAGUGUUUAGUCCUAAUGAUUUGCAGAAUCUCAAAGCCUAGGACACCAGGGCAUGUAAUGCACUGUACCUUGACAACCAAAAUGUGUAGCAGAUAAAGACCUACUUAGUGUUGUGGAGUGUAAAUCCAACAAGCCUUCACGAAGCUACUCUUUUAUACAAGUGGACACAUCAUGGGCCUGAUGGAAUGAGGAGGGCUACCCAAUGAAUGGAAAUGGGAUUUUUGAAAAUUUCUCCUUGAGGAUACAGGUUGUUUCUACAUGCAAGCUCAACUGACAUUUCCCAUGCUGUCACUAACAUGCAGGAAUAUUAUGUGGAUGCCAGCUAGAAUAUGUGUUCUAAUUUAAAGUGUCAUAUUCAUACAGGGUCCACUCGAAUGUGCACAAAGAUUCUGAGAAGGGUGUGCAGUGCAACGAGAAAGGAGACAUGCACACAACAAACACAUUUACUACAUCUGGUGUUGGUUGCACAAACGGGGUCAAUUCAGGUUGAAGAUACAAAAUACUAAACACCUCUCAACUGACCUUUUCUUGUCUCCUUUUUAAACCUCAAUUUACCCUGUUUGUGCAACCAACCCCAAUUGAAUAGAGGUACUUGUCCUGUCUCGUUUCUUGUUGCACUGUUCACCCUUCUCAGUGUGCUUCACCAGCAUGCCCAGGUUUCCACUGUUCUACUAGGCAGGUGCAGCAUCCAUGAAGUGAAUUCCUCUGUCGUUGUUUUUCAGGGAGGGGAGAACCAAACUGAUCCAUUAAUUUCAUUUAUUUACUUUAAUAUGAGGUGACUGAGGUGAGGUUACUUAAUGAGGUGAACCUGCUCAUCACAGGGUAGUUUGUUGUAAAUCCAUUCGUCACAUAGGCCUAUUCAUAGGCAUAUUAUUUUCUAUUUCUUAUUAUAUGAGCUAAAGAACAUAGGAGAACAUUGUCUGUUUGCUGAGAAAUUGACACUACUUUUUUGUACAGGCUGCAUGCCCCAUGAUGUGUGUACCAUGAUUAGGUUUCAUUAGUUAUCAGCAUUACACUUUUCAUGAACAUCAUUCUAGCUACAUUUUGUAUUGAAUUGUCCAAUAUAGUAUCUAAGCAGCCUUGAAAAUGAGUUAAAAAAAAAAAGAGUUCACAAAGCAAAUUUGUGUAUCAAUAAGGAAAAGCAAAAAGAAAAAACUGAAGACUUAAUAUGUACAGUAAAAGAAUAAUCUAAUACUGGUUCUUUUCUGGCCAUGUUAAUGAGGCUCGACCGUAGUGAGAACAUAAAAUGCAACAUGCACACUAAAGAGCAAAUUGAUUGUCAAUGGUUUGCAUAAAAUAUUAACUGAGAACCAGCUAAUUUUGUUACAGGCAAUCUAUGCACAAUAUGCAGCCAGUAUUGGUGUCUUGGGAGUGCACAUCCUCAGUAACGAUCGAGUUUGUUUGGAAACAAGUAUAUGAUGAAAAACUGUGCCUUCAACCCUUCUCAAGGGUGUAACCUAAAAACAUACAAUGAAGAGGUAGCUGUUCAUAAGUAUUUUGUACUUAUGUUUGCUGUUGUGCCCUCUUAGAAGCUAGGCGUAUGCAACGAAUGGACUUUCAACAAAUUGACGUGUGAUGGAUGGUCCUACAACACCCAUUAACUGGCUUGUUACAUAUGUCACAUACCUGAUUAGAUAACCUACAUAAUAGAUUGACUAAACACCCAACCCUGGUUAUAACUGUGAUGAUAUUCCUGCUGUAGAAUGACUAGUUAGCCCACUUAUAUGCACAGGAGACUGAAACCACAGUGAAGACAGCAGUGCAUUUGCAGAGGAGAAGUAAUAUGUGUUGACAGUCAUCCACCCUUGCAUGAAUGUUCACAUUAAUUUUUUGUGUCUGUAUGCAACUACUGUGUAUGUGAGUGACUAGUGACUUGAUCUGAGAUUAACACAAGGCUCAUAUGCAAAUAUAACAUUAAAUGCAAUGUUAGAUGAAAUGUAUUUCAAUGAAAAUGGCAAGAGUUUGUAGUCACAUUAAUUUAAGUAUGUAUAGUCUUUGUAUUUCAAUCAAUCAUUUAUGGUUAAGAUAUUCCAUCAUGACUAGUGACUUAUGUAUCUUCUUUUAAUUAGACUUUUUUUAGUAAUGCUGCAGGGACAUUGGAACAAUUUUGAAUAUAUUUUGUGAAGCCCACUUCCCACCAUUUCUGUGAAAUGGAGAUAGAACUCCGUUCAAAUUCAGGGGUAAGGGGACAGAAUGUGGAACAGCAAAUAAAGAGUUCCAUAGACGACCUUUUAGUAAAUAAAAUAAAAUUUCGAAGUGGAACCCAGUCCCUAUGCCUCUGUAUCAGCAAAUUCAUUUUUGCAAAUCUUUCAUGUGAUGUUAACACAUUAUGAGGAGUAAAGUGACAAAACUGAACUGUGCUGUCACAGAGCUUUCUUAAGGCUAAUGAGUAACAUAAUUGCAGCAGGAAUGGUAAGCCAGUGACUGUUGGCAUCUAGCAUAUGCCCUCGUUUCUGAAGUGUGUAGUAUACAUAAAUUCCUGUAGCAAUAUGUACACGAUAAAAUGUUUAAUAUAUUUGCAUUUUUGUGAAAACCUAAACAGUGGAAUACAUGGUACCUUGAUAUCGAUGUGGAGAAAACAUACAAAAAAAUUGCUUUUAUGUUGCGCUUGUUUGUAUCAUAAGCAGUCAUAUUGUUCAAGUGCACUGAAAAAAUAGUGUGAAUGUAGCAUAAAGCAAAAGAUGCAGAUGGACUCCAAUAAAUUACAGCAAUACACAUCCAAGCCCCUGCUGGACACCAUACUCUAACAUACUCUAACUGCUUGGGUUGGCAUCCUCUUCAGAAAAUGUGCUUUGUGAGCCUAUCGCAUAAGUAAACACCAACUUCCCAGUGGGAACAAGGAAAUGAGUUGAAGAGUUCAUACCAGCAAAUAACUAUGUUGAGAGUGUAGUUGUCCAGGUUGACACAUACCCAGAAAGUCUAAACUAGGUGACUCAAGUCAUCUGUAUUAGUUUCCCGAUAAUUGUGAAGGAUUAUAUUACAUUAUGCAUGGACCUUUACUAGCUGUUAUUUUGGAAUACAUGUUCUGUCACUCUGAGUAGUCUGCACAUUGUGGGGUAUGUAAAAACAUAGCUCAUUACCUCCAGUUCUCCAAACAGGAGAACCGGAGGAAACAACAAUAAUGGUUGCAGUCAGGUGACGCAGCUAAAUGUCUCAUUGUGGUUAUGUCUAGAAGGGUAAAUCCCCACUGCAAAGCACCAAAACGUAAAAUACUGGAAUUUAAUGCACAUUGAAUGGAAAUAUUUUGUACUUUUUGUGCUGCACACUUUUAUUAAUGACACACAGAAAUCAACUAUGGCAUGUGUGGGCACCAACAGAGAACACAUUGAGAGUCGUGUUUGAUACGGACACAAAUAUCGAGGCACUAUUUUUUGUGACAAAUGCAGUGUGGUUGAGCCGAAGAGGCUCUCAUCGCGUGGUAAUUUGUUCAUAUCAAUGAGGCUUGAAUGUUUCACACCUCAUCUUGUGUUCAUUCCUUGCAAAAAUUCGUAUCAUAUUCAGGUAGCUAUUGACUGCAAAAUGUAAUACAAUUGUGUAAAUGUAAGAGAGUUCCGUAAAAGGUCUAGUCUGCAUCCUUUAGGUAUUCUGACAUUCAAAUUGAUGUACAUAGUUGAUAUCAGGGCUACAGUUGUGUUGCAUUUCAUCCGAUACAAGGAAGGUUGAACAAUGUUGUGGACCCUGUGUUGUUGGGUAGUUGGUGCCAGAGGAAAACUUGCUCUCAUAUGGCUGAUGUCAAAAUGUGACAUGUACACACUGCCAGUGUAUUAGGUAUUUCAAUAGGACAUGUCCAUUGAGUUUUAUAUGUUGACCGUGGAAGAUUGCAAAUGAUGAGGCGAUGCAUGUGUCUUUGGGAAUUUUUGACUGUUACUGCCUAUCAGUUGACUGCGAGUGUAAUAACUUUGCCAGUAACUCACCACAAAAGUGGACAUGUCCUCAGGGUGCUUGAGGCAUGUGUUUUAAUACCUGUAGUUUGGACCAGGCAUUUCGUUAAAUGUGAGGUGUGCUCUUUGUGCUGUAAUUCUACAAUCUUUGGCAUGCACACUAUUGUAUUUUUUUUCACACAGAGACAGUCUUGACAGUAUCCAUAUUGGUUUUGUAAGUACUGCACAAUACAAUAUAUUUAGAAGCACUACCAGGAUCUAAAAAGAAAUAAAUAUGUGGAUUUUACAACGAA